ACAUCCGGAGCAAAUCGGGCAGUGUAAUGAAGAUACAUUUUGUCAGACACGGUGCAAUUUUUGUUAUUUAACACUAUGUAAUUGCACUGUUAUUAUACCGUAACGUGAAGGAGGCCAGCUGAGAGAGUUAUCUUCGCGCACAGACAUGGAAGACGAUGAAAUAGACUACAAUGUGGUGUUCCCGGACGCAGUGACGUCGGAGAGACACUGGCAGGGGACAAAGGAGCCGGUUGUGAUUCUGUUGGGCUGGGCAGGUUCCAAAGACAAACAUCUCUCCAAGUACAGCAAUAUCUACAACGAACAGGGAUGUGUCACCAUCGGCUACACAGCUCCUUUGAAGACAGUGUUCAUCUCUGAGUCGUUUGGCUACAAGGAGUUGAGAAACAUAGCCAUGAAGUUGCUAGAGAUCCUUUAUGACUAUGAAGUGGAGAACAGUCCCAUAUUCUUCCACAUAUUUAGUAACGGUGGGUUCAUGUUGUACCGUUACAUUGUCGAGCUCUUGCAAAGUGAAAAGCAGUUCAGUUCACUGUGCGUCACUGGGGCUUUAGUAGACAGUGCCCCUGGCAGUGGGAAUGUUUGCGGGGCUCUGCGUGCACUCACAGCCACACUUGGGCAAAAAAUAAAUCCCGUUUUGAAGUACAUCGUUCUUGCACUUUUCGCAGUGGCUGUCUUCCUGUUGCGAAUCGUGCUUUACCCCUUGACCAAGUACAUCCACAAGAAUCACUAUGACGCUGUGCGGGACCGUCCGCCUGCCUGGCCUCACCUCUUCCUGUACUCCAGCGCUGACCAGGUGAUCAGACACACGGACAUUGAGGCCUUUGUGGAAACCAUACAGCAGAAGGGCGUCCAGGCAGACCAUGUGGACUUUGUUUCCAGUCCCCACGUCAGUCAUUUCCGAGACUUCCCUGAGCAGUAUGCCCUUAAGUGCCGUAAUUUCCUGGUGGGUUGCAUGAAGAAUGUAGAAGGGACUGAAAAAAAGAGACACCACAUUGACAACCACUGAAAUUUGGAGGGAAACGUAAAACAUUUUGCUGAUUUCUUCCAAGUAGAAGACUAGUGAAGAGAAAGACUCCACAGUUUUUCCUUAGAGGUCUGAAAACCAGCUGGAAAAUGAAGCUAAAAUUUUGUGAAGAUUACUUUUUGAAUGAGUUCAAUACCUUGAUGUUUUUCCAUCACAGUACACUUAAUGGUCAGAUACCACAGAUUACCCAUUUUCUGGUACUUAUAAUUCUGGUUUAGAAAAUCAGCUACAAGAAACUGAUUUACCUGCCGCCAAAGGCCUAACCUGCACCACUAAGUUACUCAACCGUAACUUGCCACAUGUUAAAAUAACACCACAAACAAUUGCUAUGUACCUGAAAAAUUUGAGGUGAAGGAUUUUAGAAUAUUCUAAAUAAUAUUUACUAUUGCUGUGAAAUGUAAUGCACUGUAGAUUAGCUGUAGUGAUUCUACAACUGAUGACGUUUGGUUUAGAAACAAACGGAUUGUCUAUUUAUAACAUUUUAAUGUAUUUAUGGUUUUAAUGUCAUAAAUUGUGCUCUUUGAGAUCACAAAGGUGUUUAUAAUGAAAAUAACUGUUAAGUACCAAUAUUCUGCAGAAAGUCAUAGAAAUAGAUUGUGGCCCCUUUAAAAAAAGUACACAUAAAGGUUUCACAAUUGCUAUAGUGUACAUUUUUUGUGUGAUAUAACCAGUCUAAACAUAAAAUGCAAAAUUGAUUUAAUUUAAAUGAACAUUGUGCUGCACAAAGAAUGUACACUGUAUGUCCAGCACUACUGUUGUGUUCUUACUAACUGAGGUGCCUUCAAUAAAUCUGAAUGCUUGUAGAA